UAAAAAAUUGCAAGUACCGAAAUUGUAUACAUCGGCAUGGCGAUGAACAUUCUGAAGAAGAGUCGUGUGCUGAAUCAAAAUUGUCUGCGGGAAAAGAUUCGUGAACUGUCGCCUCUGCUGCGGAAUUUGGACUGGCCACCCAGCAAGGACUCGGUGUUCCGGGCCACCUGGAGCUACUAUGCCUGCGGCUGCCAGGAGCGACUGUCGAGCAUUCGCAGGCGCAUCGAGCAGAACGCCAGGAUGGUGGCUCCGAAUAAGAGGACGAGUACCCCACUUCCUGUCGACCUGAAGCUGCCCUUCAAUGAGGGCCAAUUGCCUGCAGGAUUGGAUGAGGACGAGCACAUCUACCGUGAAUUGGUGUCCUGUUUUCGGAAUGCCGAGAGCACUGGUUCGAUGAAGAGAACACCUCCCAAGCGCUCCAAAAUUCAGAGGUCCUUCGAUGUGAGUAAAUUCUCCACACCCGAACAAUGGAUUAAUUGGAAGCGCGAGGAACAGCAGGUGGGUCAGUUGAUGGAGAAGUCCUUUGAUCCAUACUUAAAAGAGGAAAUGUCCAAGAAGCUGCAGCAUUUAAAAAAACUCACCAACCGACGACCUCUCGUAGAAGUUCCAAUUGAAAAGGAAAUAAAAGAAAAACCAAAGCUGUCACUGUCAAAGAAAAGAAAAUCGAGACUAAAGUAUAUUGAUAAGUCAAUGUCAGGAACAAACGAAUCAACAAACACGCCAACGAAACCAAUAGAUAAAUAUAAAACCCCUUUGAAUUCAGGGAAAACAUUUUUGAAAUCAGCAGAUCAAUAUAAUCCCGCUUCGAGUUCAAGUACAACGUACACAAAUUUGGAAGAAAAAUAUAAUGAUCUAUUGAAUUCAACAAAAACCCCUGCAAACUUGGUGGAUAAAUAUAAACUUCCUCCGAGUUUAAGGAAAACCCCUACAAAAUUAGCAGAAAAAUAUAAACUCUCUCCGAAUUUAAGUAAAACCUAUACAAAAUUAGCAGAUAAAUAUGAAUUUCCUUCCAGUUCAAGAAAAAACCAUACAAUAUUAUCAGAAAACUAUAAAGUUCCUUCGAGUUCAAGAAAAACACCUCCAAAAUUUGCAGAAAAAUAUAAAGUACCAUCAAAAUCAAGUAAAACCUCUACAAAAUUAGCAGAAAAUAAUAACCUUACUCCGAAUUUAAGUAAAACCUAUACAAAAUUAGCAGAUAAAUAUGAAUUUCCUCCCAGUUCAAGAAAAAACCAUAAAAUAUUAUCAGAAAACUAUAAACUUUCUUCGAGUUCAAGAAAAAUACCUGCAAAAUUUGCAGAAUAUAAAUAUCGCCAGUUCAAGAUCAAGGCGAUCUACUACUACUCCUAG